GAGAUACGUGGUGGGGCGGUGCUUAAGAAAGGGAAAAGUACGUCUAUAAGUCUAAUUUUUUAGGGGAGAAUCGAUCGAAAUUAGUCUAAGUUUUAGUGGUGUUUUGAAUUUUAAAUGUUCAAGGAUUUCGAUUUUUUUCAGUGUCUCAGUUAUAUACACGGUGAAGCCAGUAGUAGUGAUUCAGUUGCUCGUGUUUAGUUUUUAAAAGUGCAAAAUAAGUGAUAAGAUGGAUCUCAAUGCUAAAAAAAGAACACCCAACUUUUCCAGCACCGAACUUGAAGUAUUGAUCACAGAAAUAAUAAACAAUUACAGUAAACUGUUUGGAGAAGCUACAGCCUGUACAUCCAGGAGACAACGAUCUUCAUUCUGGAUCAAAACAACACAAAAGGUCAACUCAAUAUCCCAAACCAAGAGGAGCUGCAAGCAGGUCAAGCACAAAUGGGAUGAUUUGAGAAGACUGCUGGUAAAACGGCUGCGUUUAAAAGGACGCAACGCGGGUUCUGAUGGCAUUUUAAAAGAGCUGCACAAAACCAGAGACGACAAUAGGAAAAGGAACACAUUUAUUGAAAGAGGGAUACACAGAGAUAAACAAGUUUCUUCGGGAGAUCUAGAUUUUUCAGACGGCGCUCCACAUUUCGAUAUUGAAUGGGAGAAUGACACUGAAGAAAAUGAAUCUGAAGCAGAAGGAACUGGGCAGGAAGGUUCCCAUAAAGUAAAAGGAAAUAAAGGACUUCCCACUGGUGAGCCAAAAACUGCAGAUGAAACCCUGCCAGGACGAGUAGUGAUAGUUCACCAUCAGGGGAUUCCUUCCCUUGUGGAGGAGAUCAGAAUCUUAGAAGCCCCUCAGAUUGUGGGACCUCCUAUCCCAUCAGUCGCCUGCUCUUUUUCUCAAGCUCCAAGUGCUGAACGCGAACAGGAGCAGCAGCAGCAGCAGCUAGUGGCAAGGGGGGUUGGAACUGAUGUUGUCCAGAUUAAGAAAGAGCCACAUCCUGAGUUCCUCUAUACCUCUCAAACCAAGGAGACAGCCUUUAAGAUUCCAAGCCUUGGUGACCAGGGUAGCAAUACUUCAAUAAUUGCACUUGGCCACCAGGUGGCACUGCUGGCUCAUCAGAUAGGAAAGCUGACUGACCAAGUGAGUCAGCUGAAUCAAAUGCUUGCUCAAAAGAGCAGCUGUGAGCAUUUUCAGAUGGAGCAGGUAGCAGUGAAUCACAACAUUUCAGUGACACUUAGUCUCCUGGCUAAGGCUCUUGCUUCUAAAGACUUGUCCAUUCCCACAGCUGUUGCUGACUGCAGCACACAGAGUGAUCAUCCCCUUCAUCCUCCCGACCAAGCACAUGGAGAAAGAUGAAGAUCCAUUACCCAGUGUAUUGGACUGACAUCAUACAGUACAUUGCCAAAUAAAGUCACAGGCAAGGGAGUUGAAGAGAUUAGAAAGAGUAUGUAUUGGUGUAAAAUCAGUUUUUUUUAAAAGACAUGUUCUUUCCCUUUUACCUUACAAAAAUCAUAAAUCUAUUUCUUUGAGUGUCAUUUAAAUUUGGGGGAUAUUCUCAAUAUGUAAAAACUUAAGUUCCUAAAAACAUUAGAACCUACUAAACAGUUUUAUAGUGAAAAUGGUGACUUCAUAGAAAGUACGGGUAUGUUCUUUCAGCUGAGAUACCCUACCACACUUCACAAAGGUUUUAUUUGAGCAAUAUUGACAUCUGGACGAAAAAUAUUAAAAAUAUUCUUUGACCUUUUUCCUCUUCUUUCUGAACUCUGCACAGGAUGAAAGCACUGAUGUGAUGUUAUGUGAAAAAAAUGUGAUGUGAAAUUUGAACUCUGCCCUUCCCAUCAUAUACUGCAAACUAUGGUGUCCCAACAAGGCCAAACAGCUCUCAAUCCAUAUUUGGACCAUGAUCACAGGAGUCCUGUUAAGUUGUAUUGUGUACACUCAAUGUUAGUCCUUAAAGGUUAAUUUAUAUUGAAAGUUAAUCUGAUAUCUUAGUAUUUUAAAUCACUAGUUAAUACCUGAAACAAAAUGCAAAACCAGUCCUUACAGCUCUCCCCCAGAACAAAUGGUACAGUACCUUAUUAAUGGUUACAUAAAAGUACCUUAAAACUAAAGAAUUAAAGAAUUUCUUUAUGAACUAAAAAAAGGCAUGCUUAGUCUUACAUUUUUCAUUAAACAGACAUGCAGGGUCUCACUUAUCUGAUGUAAUCUAACUCUUAUACCUUUACUCCUUAAAUUUUGAAAGUUAAAUGUUUUGCGCCUUAAAUGUUACAACUUGACUUUAUACUGUCACCCCUUCUCAGAAAACACAAGAUCGGAAUGGGGAAUUGGAACAGAAAAUGUUGAGAGGAGGCCCCUUCUCCUCUGGAUAAAUAUGGUAUUGAAUAAGUUGUAAAAAGCAGUGGGGCUUUUCCUGAGGUGAGGCAGGUGGCAGUUCUGAAGGGAACCUCAAAUAUUCCUUGUCAGUUAUCAAUGUAAAUGGAGACCCCCUGAUGAAGACCUAAUUACAAGAUUACGUUGCCUGCUUUAUUGCAUGGAAUUUCUAUGGGCCGUUUUCAGGGCAGCUCCAGACAGAGACUGUCAUUGAAUCUGAAGUAAUACGUGAGUAAGAUCAAUGUUUUUUAAUUCCUCCAAUAAGGGAAAAAGUACUGUUGCUUUAAAAUGCAUAUGCCCAAUGGAUGCAAAUUUUGGUCCGGUGUGAUACCUGUGUAUGCUGGCUUUCAUUUCAAGUGAACUGUUAAUCACUAGUGCUAAUUGAUGCCAUUAAUUAAUCGGCUUGCUUGUUUAGACUUUUGUUGAGUGGUUUCUAUACUCAGUUCUUAGUUGGGAAAAAAAACAACUUCAGGUAUAUCAUUCCAAUUUGCAAUGUACAGAACCUAAUGCAGUCUCUCUUUAUUAAGAGUUUGCUGCCUUAUUUCGGUCUAAGUGAUUGGAGGUGAUUGGUUUCUAAUCAAAAAACACAGGGGGGAAUGACAUUUGUAUUGUACCAAACACUCCCACAAUGAUUUUAUGACUUCAUUCCAGCUGGUUACAUUUCAGUUAACACGUCUGAGAGAAGAUCAGAAACUGACUAAACUGAAAUAAAAUAUGCAUCAAAUAAAAAAGUGAAACCACAUGUGAAUAGGGUAAGAAGAUUUAUUGAACAACUGUGAUUUAGAAACUUUUUAGCUCCAGUCAGACAAUCCAGCUCACUGAUUAGCUUCUGUUUCUGUUCAAGGACCAGCUAGGAGUCAUUACCAAGUAAGAGUACUAAAUGUGACUAUUUAAUACUCCUAUUUAGAAAAAUCAACAAACCAACAGACCUGUGACCAGAAAGUAGGUGCUGGGCAAUUCCAAAAUGUGUAAAAAUGGCAGACUUUUUCUUAUCCCAAUCAUUGACCCAUGAAAUGGCCUUAUCUAAAAAUUAUAGCAAAUUAUUUAAGUGCUUGGUCAUGUUCAUUUUUCUACAUUUAAAAAAUCUCUGCUGGUACUCUUCAAGAAGACGUUUUAAAACGUUUUAACACAUUUUGCUUGCUUGUUUUCCGAUUGCUGAAUUUUUUUUUUAAGAUCAGAAUUUUUUCUGGUUUACUCUUAUUUAAACUAUUUUCCUUGGAAGCAAUACAAUCAUCUCAUUGGCUGACUCUCAGCAGGAAAAACACAAAUUCAUAGAAUGCAUUGUAUAAUACAGCAAGGAAUAAGUGAACAUUUUUCCUAACUUUCCAAACUCUGUGAUAGUGAUGUAUAUGUAUUACUACUCUGUAAUUACCAGUUCAUAUGGGACUAACUCUCCCAAAACAAGGAAUCAUUCUGCACAGCAAGACUAGAAGGACUGACACUCUGUGUGCAAUAACCAUCUUAAUGUACUAUACAGACACCUACUGUAGUUCUGUUCGGUAAACAGAAAUCAAUGAACUUGCUUUUGGUGUCUCUAGGAGGGGACAAAAAAGCGUGUUAAGUUCUCCAUACAUUCUGUAUGGAGUUUUGUAUAAUGCUGUGAAGAAUACUGGUUAUUAAUCACAUUUGGUGGCAUUUCAUUAAAUUUUUCAUGGUUACAAA